UUUACCUUCAUUGUACAUGAAUGCAGGACUUGCCAUGUCAAAAAAAUGUAUAUUUCAUGUUCUAGAACUUUCCAUUUCUUCGGUGCAAAAAUAUGGAAGAUCUAGACAAGGGACUCCACUGACAGCCAAAUUUUCGUGUAACACGUCACGUAUGCAGAACUUGCAGAGCAGUCUGGUGAACCAGACUAAACUUUAAAUCAGCCUCGAGCUCCAAAACAAGCAGUCUCCAAACGUUCAACGUUGUAACGAUCCUCAAAUCUCAAGGCCAUCAUCGAGAUGUUUGUGUUUUUUUAAAAAAAAAAAAGCGGAUAGAGUGGUAGACAUUCCUGUCGUCUGUAUCACUGGGUAGAUUGCUCAUUUGGAAUUUAAAGGGCAAAUUUAAGAGCUAAUCUGGAGAUUCGAUCCGCAGCUGCAAAUGAACCAGUUGUAGAUUUGACCAUGCAGGUUCUUGUUUUCAUCGGAAAUAUUCUUGUUCUUUAUGCAUUUUGUGUUAGCAAAGUUUUAGGGAAAUGUGGGGAUCACAGGGAUAGUUCAUCAGGAACCAUUGCAUCCCCUAAUUACCCGAAUGGGUACCCUAUGGAACAGGACUGUAUCUGGACCAUAGUUGUUGAAGGUUCUGUGGAGAACAUUAAAAUUUCAUUCAGUUAUUUUGACCUUCAGCCCAGAUCUGCUGGUGGGGAAUGUACAGAUUAUGUUGCAAUUUUCCGCAAACAGUUGGGAAAGGAUGCAGAAGUGGUUCUUGAGGCAAAGAUCUGUGGAAGUGCCCUACCAGACUCUAUGCAGAUAGAAGGGUCAUCAAUGACAGUGCAGUUUGUUUCUGAUUCAAUAGCUGAUUCCCAUUCAGGCUUUUCUCUGUAUUAUGAAACCAACUUUAAAGAGGGUUCUUCUAUUUCACAAGCCACUGCUGGCAUUGUUGCUGCUGUCUUCUGUGCAAUAGUUUUCAUUGGAGUUGGUAUGCUGCGCUGCAUUAUGUUAGGAGCAUGCAACUGUUGUGGCGGUGAUCUACGAGAAAACAACCCUAACCGACAGGAGAUUGGUCACAGUGAAUCUUACACAUAUCAAGGGGAUUUUCCUCCUUCUUACAGCACAGUCAUGCAUCAUCCAGAAAGAUAUCUCACACCAGAAUCCAGCCCCCAGAUGGUAGCUCAGAAUAGUAACAGCAUAUCACCAAGGCAGAACCAAAAUGGAAGAACUUUUUCUGUUGGAUCAAACAGCAGUUCUGAUGAAGAUGAAGAUGAUUCUCCUCCACCACCUUACCCAGGCGGUGUUACACAAGAAAAUGAUGUUGAUGUUGAUGUUGCUGAUUUAAAUACAAAUAAUACAACAGAAAAUGAACCAAACACUGCUAGCAAUAACUUUGAAAUAACUACAAAUAUAAACGAAGAACAGUCAAGACAUCAAGAAGCUACAACUGUUGAUGUGGUGGAUGAAGGUACAAAUAGUGCAAUGUGUAAUGAACCCAACAUUGUUAGCAAUGAUGAUGAAGUGACCCUGAAUUUGAAUGAGGAGCAAUCAAGGGAAGAUGGUGUUAUUUCUCUUGAGAUGUCUCCUUCAGCAGUUGGAGAGGAGCAGAGUUCCACGACAGCUGCAACUGAAGAGAUUGUGUUGGAUAUAGACACUACAGCACAAAGAAGCCAACAAGAAGGCAAUGGAGAAAACUUUGAAACAUCACAAACUGGUGAAAUACAUGAAGAGAUAGAAACUAUUGUAUGAAAAUAUUUAGUGAACCAAAUCCAAAUUUGUGGCUGUCAGAUUACUGAGUAUUGAUCCUCGCAUCUGGAUUGUAGAUGUUAAAUGUGACUCCCUUCAGUUCUUUCUUACUACCUCAUAUCAUGGGCGGAUCCAGGAAUUUUUGAUUGGGAGGGUCCAAACUUUGGUUCAGAAAGGACUGUUGGACUCUUUUGAGGCAGAUUACUUCUCUCCCACAUCCACCACACCCCCUCUCACUAGUCACGGUUGCACAUUAUAAUUCCUUGGCCGCCUACCGUUUACUUGGAUUCUUUAAAAAAAUCAGCCAGUUAAAAAUUGAUCUACGAU